CCUCCGCCCCCGCCAGCCCGGGCGGCCCUGGAGUGUGCCCCACCCCGGAUCAGCCAGGCCCCCCAGGCCCCGAACACGCCGCCCCUUGCCAAUGGCUAUGCCGUCUUGGUCAAGCCCCGGGUGACGGAGGUGGUCAUGGAAGAGAAGAGGGUCCGCGGUCUGCCCACAGGGCCUGGUGUCCAGGCUAUGGGAGACCCUGGUGCCUGGUCCCCAGCGGAGUCACCGGAGGCCCCCAAGGAGACACCCAUCGAGCGGGAGAUCCGAGUGGCCCAGGAGCGCGAGGCAGCUCUGCGCGAGCAGAGGGGGCUGCGGGGGGCAGCGGGCCCCCAGGAGUUGGUGGAGAUACCCACGCGGCCCCUGCUAACCAAGCUGAGCCUGCAGGCGGCCCCUCGGCGGGAGAGGGGGCGCCCUUCGCUCUAUGUGCAGCGUGACAUUGCCCAGGAGAAGCAGGGCCUGGCCCCCGACACCAGGGCGGCCGCCCCCGCUCCAGAGCUGAGGAAGGUGAACCGCAUCCACCCUGACGCCUACCAGCCGUACCUGAGCCCGGGGACCCCCCAGCCAAGGUUCCCAGCUUUCCACGCACGGGGCCAGCCUGGCGGUCUCGCUGCAGACGAGGCCAAGGCGGUGGCAAAGGCCGCGGGGUCUCCGAGGCAUCUCUCGGAAUCCUCUAGAAAACCCUCAGGCACAAAGCAGGAGUCCUGGAAGCCCUCAGGGGCACCCCCACCAGCCAACAGGGGUGUCGUGCGAUGGGGGUACUUCCGCCUGCGUCCCCUGCGGUUCAGGGUCCCAGACGUGCCCCAGAAGGCCGAGACGCCCCGAUCCUGGGGCUGGGAAGUGGCUGGGGCCCCCCCUCUGCGGCUCCAAAGGUCCCAGUCCUCUGAGCUGCUGGAGCGGGAGGUGGAGAGCGUCCUGAGGCGGGAGCAAGAGGUGGCGGAGGAGCGACGCAAUGCCCUCUUCCCGGAGGUCUUCUCCCCGCCGCUGGACUGUGACCCCGACUCCAGGAGCUCCUCCCGGGCUUCGGGCACCACAGGCAGCUACUCAGUGUCCGAGUCACACUUCUUCUCCCCCAUCCGCCUGCACUCGGGCCUGGUGUGGACGGCAGAGGCCCCUGCUGAGGCUGCUCCUGGGCAGAGAAAGAAGAAGGAGCAAUGGUAUGCCGGCAUCAACCCCUUGGACCGCGUCAACUCGGAGGUCCUGGAAGCCACGCGGGUGACCCGCCACAAGAACGCGAUGGCUGAACGCUGGGAAGCCGGUCUCUAUGCCAGUGAGGAUGAGGACUGAGCCUGCAGACGGGGGAACCUUGACCCUAUGGGAACUGCCAAGACCAUCCCCUAGCCCCCCUGCUUUAGGAAACAGGUCCCCAUUUAAACCCACAACCCGAGGACCACAAUGACACGCCCACAGUCCCAAGUGUGGGUGUGCGCCCUGACCCCAGGGCUUUCUGUUCUGAUUUUAUUUUCCUAGAGAAAUUGUUCUGCUUUUUCUGGGUCUAAAGCUGGGGAUGAAACGGGACCUCUGUCAAUUCUUCCUGCUUCUAGGACUUUGCCAAACGCUCUUGGUCCGAGAAGAAAGGAGACCCGCUCCCCUCCCCCACUCCAGUUGUCAUUGCUCCCACUAGUCUGGGGGCGGAGAGGCUGGGUGGGGGGAGGCAUGGGUCCUGGCACCUUGAGGAGCUGCCGGUCUGCGGAGAGGCACACUCGGCCCCCCUCUAAGUCCCAAUCUGAGAAGGGGGACGCGCCCCCACUCCACCCCUGGGAAACCGUCCAGUCUGAGGAAGGAAACCUGAGCGCCCGGUCUGAGGGCCCCCGCCCUGCCCUCGGCCCCGCUGCAGCACGCAGCAAAGCCCUGGGGAUAGCACAUGACCUCACAACAAGGGCUUGAUCUGUGGGCUAAAAGGGUUCUUCUGUCCCCCCCAAACUGCUGGUCCACAUCCACCGUGAAAUAAACCCUCCUCCUUCUGGUUCA